AGGCGGACCAGGUGGUCCACCAGGAGGGGCCAGGGGACGACGAGCAGGCGGACGAGGAGGGCACGGAGGCCUCUGCUUCGUCAACCGUCUACCAGCGAGGUCCGGCGAGUCUCCCCCAGCGACCGAUUCCUGAAGCAAAACGCCCGAUCAUAGCUCCCCAAGGGGAUAAGAACUGGAUAGUUGUGGAGAGGCCCGUUGGUGCUCACAGACGCCAUGUGAAUGGCAUCUUGGGUCUUCUGGUUAGGGAUCACUUCCCUGGCCUGGUCACGUUGGCCGGAGAGCCAUGUCCGGCCUAUACGUGGGAGCACUACCGGGCCGUCCCCGACAUGCGGGAUGUUGCCGGCAGACAGUGGCCCAACUUGGCUGAGCGAGUGAAGGGCGAGCUUUGGGAUUUCUACAGACUACAGGCCGGGAUGGACGCGCAGGCGGAUGUGGUUGCCGAGUAUCGCUGCAAAAAGCUCGUUACCGACAUGUUCUACGAGCAGCGCCUCCAGUCAAUCAUCAACUACCACGCCGUCGUCCUUGGACAGAAGGUCACCAAGGCGCAAGCAAGAACUAUGACGUUGACUGAGGAGCAGUACUUGCAGAUGGUUCCUCAUUGGUGUGCCCACUUUCCUGAGUGCUGGCAGCAGAUAGUUGCUAAGUGGUUAUCCGACGACUGGAACGCUGUGCACCAGGAGCGUCGUGAGCACCGUCUGACUAUGGCCGGUGUGCCACACCACCAAGGCAACCGUAACUUGACCGAGUACGCCCAAGCAUGGUUGGCGGCACAUGGAGGGCAACAGUGCAACAAAUUCAUGGCGUAUGCUCUAUCCCACAAGGGUAAAGCGACAUCCAGCGUCAGCUACAACGCGGAGGACGGGCCCGAGGCGUACAGCAACCCGAGCAUCUAUACUCGCCUCAAUGAGUACACAUCGAUGGCGAGGGAGGUGCACGGCCAAGAGUACGAUCCGACCCAGGAGGAUCUUGACGCUGAAAUUGUCAUGAAGGUCGGAGGAGGAAAGAAGCAUGGACGAUAA